ACAUUCCGUUCUCGGCUGAGCAGAGGGAACAACGAACCGCUCUCCUUUGUCUGACAAUGAGGAACAUGGGAAUCUAGGUCCAGUCCAUCGAUCCAUGGAUCGGAACUGAGAAAGCAUGGAAACGUGAUGUUCAUGUUGAUUUAUAUACACGAAUACAGAUACACAAGUACACAGUAUGAAUAAACGUUUCAAACGAAGCUUGAACAUUUUAUAAAGUAUCUUUUGCGUAAAUCGUAAAAUUACUGCGGGAAGAUGAUUUAAGAAGUAGCUUGAACACGAUGGAGUUACAAGUCGACUUGAGUUAUAAUUAACGUGAAAUUUAAUUAGGUGAAAAUUAUCGAACAACAAGGGAGGUGUGCAUGAAGCUGAUAAUCAAGACCAAUCGAAAUUAUAAAACAUGAUUUAUUCCAACUGCUCAUUGCUAAUCACGUGACUCGGAAGCGGUGAUUCAACCAUGCAGAAGUGCUUCGCGCUGAGCUGUCUUUAUUAUCUAAGUAACUAUCGUUGGUAGAAUGUACGAAGCAAAUGUUGAUAGUUCUUCGAGUCAGUGUUCAACGCCACGUCGGGAUCUCGAAAAUGUGGAAUCGUCUUCGGAUGUUGCGACGGGGCCGAAGCAUGUGGCGCAGCUUCUACGUUCCUGGAUCCUUCGGUUGAAAACGAGCAGUGAGGCAGAAAAAUAUCCGUUCGAAAUGGAGGAGAAACCGAUACCGAAACCGAGAUCGGUGAUGACCGAACGACCGGUACCAGCACCGAGGAGGUUACCACCUUCGUUGCCAGCGGCUCGGUUUAGCAGUCACAGCGAUUCAAGUCAAUCGGAGAAAAGCGACGACUCGAAAUCGACGUCGGAAACGAGAAGCACGAACAGUGAAUUCUUUCGAAAUCUGAGCAGCAGUUCCCGACAAUUGAAAGACGAGAUUUCUGAGAAGAUGACGAUGAAGGGCCGCGCGGUAAUCUCGAGCACGAGGAACGCUAGCAUUAGACUGGAAAAAUCGGUGAAGAAUCUUCUGACGCGAAGGUUAACGUCAUUGAAUCAGGAUGAGAUUUUAAGGGAUAACACUGGUGGUAAUAAGAAGUUCAAAGAUCCCGUAGCAGAUGAGAGAUGCGUCUCAAUGCCGGCUGAUGAUAUUUUCAGUAGUAUCUCGUUCUACAGUCCCUUGAACAGUAAUCUGAGAAGCGUCAGAAACGAGGAAGAUCUUUCCGGGACGCGUCACAGUCCACCACCUCCUGCAUAUCCUCCUCCACAUCCUGACGAGUCUAUCUACGACGAAUUGCAGUCCGUCACGUCGGGCAGCAGUCGAUACGACACGAUCAGCUCGACCAUCUCUGACAAAGUCGACAGGGACUUUCCCGAAUCGUUUGAUCUCCUUAGUUUCGCCCUCGAACAGGCCAGCGAUUCAGAUCAGAGCUUGAAUCUCUCCGACGUAAACGUGACACUACCGUUGGACAAAUUGGACAACGCGAAAAGAUUAUCCAGAUCCGAUUCCUGGACGUUCUACGACACCGCGCCAAGUGGAAAAUCCGACGGACUCGACGAGCUGGACAGGAUAUCCAGCGCGGAGGAGGACGUCUUGGAUAAAGAUGUGCCUCUGCUCGAUCGAACAUCCAACGCGUCCAACGAAAGUCAAGCGUCUAUCCAAAAUUCUCUCUAUGAAAAUCUGUUGCCGCAGAAGGCGCAAGAGGAGAAAGAAGCAACGUCGAACAGCUUGGAAAACAGACAACAAAGUAGCAAAUCUUUAUUGUUCGAGUUUGAUCCGUUCGCUAGGACUUCUGACGAGAACGUGUACAGUAACUUUGAGAACAACGAUUUAAUGUUAUUGGAGACUUUAUUAGCCACCAACGACUCGCCGAGCAGUUCUGGUAGCAUUUUGGAUUUUCAAGAAGCGGUCGAUAACGAGGAGGAACGCGACGACGUGGACGAGGAGGACGUCGAGCAAAUCUCGUCGGUACCGCCCGAACCACCGAAAAGGUUCGACUCGUUGCCGAAAAACGAAUACGACGAGGUAUCGGAAAUUCUCCCGCAGACAGAUAAAAGUGCCGCAGGGAAAAAUCCGGCUCUACUACCAAAGUUAGCGCAUCUAGUGACUCGAAAACAACCUGCUGUCCCGCCUAGAAAGUCAAGAACAAAAAAUCGUUCGAACCAGGAGCCUUCCCCAACUUCUACGACAGCUAAACCUGCGGUUGCUACGACUAGCGAUGGUCCAAUUACAACAACGACGAGUAGCACAAUGACAACAAGCACCGACGAAUCUUCGAGUCCUUCGAGUGGUAAGGCCACGGAGGAGCACAGACGCGUGGGCGUGAUUCAGAAAUUGAAAAAAUUGCGGCACGAGUCCACGGGGCACGGGAUCAGACCGAACGUGAUGAGUUUCGUGAAGAGUGGUAGUAAAUUGCUGUCGAGGAAUCGUGACCACAGCACGGGCGGCGGUGUGCCAAGCACGAAAUCGACGAAAUUGGAGAGACCAAAGGUGAACGAUCUACAAAAUCUGACGACGCACCGAGGAAUCGUUUACAGGACCGGUGUAGGAAUAGAAAGGGCGAAGGACCUGGUACCAAGGGCAAUGGUCUUGGCCGACCAGAAGCUCUCGUUUUACACCGAUAAGGGCAUGUCUACUCUGAAAGAGAUCGUUCACCUCGACACAGUGUAUAGCAUUCAUCUUCUCCAGGACUUUAAGAUAGUUGAUGGAGAAACCGUACAUUGCAUAGCAAUUAGCGGUGAAGGAAGACCGAGCGUUCAUGUAUUUUACGUGAAGGGUAUCACAGAACGAAGGAUUUGGGCUCAGAGAAUACUAGAAGCUAUUACUACAAUUUUUCCCACGAAGUACACGGCUGAACUGACGAGAGUAGGAUGGGCCUACCUGAAGGAAGGCGUAACAGGCACGUGGUUCCCAGCUUGGGUUCUUUUGUAUCAGCGAACGUUAAUUUAUACAAAAUCUCUAGAUUCUUCUAUGGCCAUAACAUUGGGAAAACUUGAUCUUCGGAAGGCUCGAUGUAUCGUUUUACGAGAACAGGAAGGACCGAGUGCUGAUGCAGGAUCAGUUCCGGUGGUUGUCGUCGAUGCAGGUGGUAAUGGUGCACUACAUGUGGCUGCACCAGGAACUCACGAAGGAUCCGCAUGGAGGCACGCACUUUAUCAAGCCGCCACUACCUGUGGCCCCGCUUUAGAGCAACAACAACUCACGCAGGAUAAUGUGCCUGUGAUCCUCGACAAAUGCAUUAAUUUCAUUUAUGUUCAUGGUAUCAUGUCAAAGGGAAUUUAUCGGCAAAACGGGUCCAACAGCGCUGUAGUUAAAUUAUUGAAAGCCUUUCGUCGCGACGCAUGGUCGACACAAAUUACGAGAAGUGCAUAUACCGAACACGAUGUCGCUACGGUUCUCAGAAGGUUUCUUCGUGAUUUACCGAAUCCAUUGUUUCCCCCUGAUAUCCACGAUCGGCUUUGUCUUACCUCAGAAACCGUCAAUGAGAACGAACGAGUUUCGGCGUAUAGGAAAUUAUUGUCUACGUUAACUCCAGUACCGGCAGCAACGCUCAGGAGAAUUCUUGCUCACCUUCACUGUUUGAGUCAGCAGAGUUCCAAGAACCUGAUGACCGGCGAGAACCUUUCCGCAAUUUGGGGACCGACGUUAAUGCACGCUGGCGAAAACAGCGCAGAAGAAUGGAACAGGUCCGAGACUAGAGUGAUUGGUGACCUGAUCAAACUCUAUCCGAAAUUGUAUCAGCUAACAGCUGCGGAUUUGGCGAAGGAGGCAAAAAUUCUGGAGGUUCUCGAGAAACACCACGGUUCAAAUAACGGUUUACGCGGUGCGCCAUCGGGUGAUCUGAAGAUUUGGAUAUAUAUUUUUUCGAGAGAUGGUGAAUGUGUUAAUGUGACCAUCGGACCACAAAAGACUGCGUUUGACGUGUGUCAAGAACUGGCAGAGAAAACUAAUAUGUUAGCCCAUGAAUUGUGUCUGGAGGAAUACACAUUGUCUGGUGCAUUGGAAAGGCCACUUCAUUAUAAAGAGCGUGUCCUUGAAGCAGUAGCAAGGUGGGGAUACUGGGACCCUGAGGAUAGAAAAGACAAUGUCCUCAUACUUAACAAGGAUCGACUAUACAAGGACAUAGCACCCCUGAUGAAACCACCAAUGACAACGUCUGGAGAGCUUAAAUUUGCUGACACAAAAUCGAAAAAUUUUAAGAACUACCUCUUCGAAUUUAGUCAAGCGAAACUUUAUUGUUACAAAGAUAGAGUGUGCGCGAAUGUAUUGUAUGAAUGGAAAGUAGAAGAUAUUAUUUGGUAUUUGGGUCACGAGCCAAAACGAAAUCCACAGACGGGAUGGUCUAUAACAUUCAUAGCUAAAAAUAAAAAACCAACGAGGUGUAAAGAAAGUCCGUAUUUUGGAAAUACUUUGGCAGGAUCGUUAAAAGAGGAACAACACAAAUGGGUAGCAGCUAUGGUCUUUGGAGAAUAUCAGCUAAAUAUUCGACCUCCCUCAGUCAAUCUCAUGGAUCCAUGAACGAUUAACUUAUAUUCUUAAAUUACGCUACUUAGUGCCUUUGAAGUUUAUAGCAAUUAUUUUUGUAUCAUGUAUAAAUUUUCUCGUCAUAAAUUCAGUGCCUGUGCUUGCCUCAAUGUGAAAGACGACAAUUUUGAAUAUUUCUACGUAAUUUAUGUAUGUAUCUACAUCGUAAUAAAUAAAUGAAUAUAGUACCGAAGUGUAUUCCAGCAUUUCGAAAAUAGAAAUGUUUCAAUCGAGUGAAUUGAAAUAAUUUAAAGUGUAUUGUACAUUUACAAAGAACUUUAUAAAACACUUUUGUACGUAUUGUACUUUAUACAAAUAUUGCCAAUUGUGUAAUAUAACGAAAUUAAUUUUAAAUUACGAAUGUAAUUUUAAUAUUUGUAUUUUGAAAUAAAUAAGUAGAAUGAAUCUCCA